CGUGUCUGGGCACAGAUACAGGCAUGGACAGCGAAGCAGGGCAGCCCGUGGACGAAGUCCAAGGCUUGUCAGAGGACAUGGGCUGGCUGUUUGACAGCGGACGGGGCUGCGACUUCACCGUCGUCGUGCAAAGCCUCGACGGAAACGACAGCGACGACAGCGUCUGCGUCCACCGCUUGGUCCUCUCCCUCGACCCGCAGUCCGUGUUCUUCGACAUGACGCAGGAGAGCAAGAGCUUCACGAUGGACGUGCGCCAAAGCUGCCGGCCCUAUGUCAACGCUUUCCUCAGGUACAUCUACACACGGCAAAUCAACGUGACCAUCUCCUCGAUCCAGUGCAUUUACCAGAUGGCAUCCGACUACGGCUUCAAGUCUCUGCAGGCGGAGUGCGGGAGGCUCUUCUCUUGGCUGCUACCCGACGACAGCACCUUCGUGACGACGGUGUCGCUGUACAACUACGCUGUCGCCGCAGGAGACCCCGUGCUGCAGGAGACCUGCCUGCGGUACCUGGCGUGGAACUGCGCGGCGCUCGUCGGCUCCGAGGCCUGGCUCACGAUGAGCGAGGAGGCCGUGGAGGUCUUCCUGUCCUGCUCCGACUUGGUGGUGCCAGAUGAAUCCUUCCUUCUGCGCGCUUUGGAGAGCUGGCUGCGGUCCAGAGAUAACCGGACGGAGGCCGGGAUCGUACCCGGGCUGCUGGGCCUCAUACGCUUCCCCAUGAUCUCGGCUGAGCGCCUGUACGACAUCCCAUACUCCUCCGACCUCUACCACAGCUACGCGGAGGUGUACAAUGCAGAGAUGGUGCAGGGCUACCCCUUCCAAGCGCUGACCUUCGAUAAGCUCCGCAGGCACCUGCCAAGCAUGGACGUAGAACAUUCUCCGAGGAUCUACACCGAACAGCCGUGGAGCUUCACGGUGAGCGCGGCGGAAGUGAGCGCUUUCCUCCAGCAGCCUUACUACGGUUGGUCGAACGGUCUAAGCGGCUCCUUAUCCACACCCGUUCUUAACAGCGCAAUUUACCAGGACAAAACGACAACGUGGUACGCGAACGUCUUCCUGAACAAGCAGCAGUGUUUGAACCAGGGCUACACCUGCGAUUCGACACCGGCCGUCUCGCUGUACCAAACCGGCUACAACCAGUACCAGAACGACAUCCAGUACGAUAACUGCAUUGUCCUGCUGUGCAACGGCAGCUACGUGUUCCACGUGCAAAAAUUUAACAGCAACAGAAUGGUCCUUAUACCAUCCGGCAGUAACACGGGCCAAGAGUACCCGUGCGCCGGGGAACGGUACUCGUACCUGUUUGUGGUUCGGCCCCAGUACAUCCUGUAGCCGCCGGGGCCGAGUCGCGUAGGUCGCCCGCAGCGCGGAGCGAAAAGCUUCUUCCUUGCUUCCCUUCAUCGCUAUGCGCGAUCUUUCCAUUGCUAAUCGUCGACGGAUUGAAAAUAGAAACACCCGAAAACGAGAACUCUCCGUAAAUUUUAACACCGGGGGUUUAACGCGGAUUCAUGAAAAUCACAUAGUUCUUUUUAUUUUGUUACCGAAAUCAGGACGGUAGACGAUCGUGUAUAAUAACGAUCUGAUGGAGACCAGCAUUUUUGGCGCGAUGGUUUGGUCUGGAGGAAAUUCCUGCUGGGACAUUAUUGAAAAAUUUAAGAUCACCGCAAGUGUCACCGUGUGUUUUUUUUUUUUUUCUCAUUAAUAUAAUUUGUGGAAUUAGUUCAAAUGUGUCUUCAUCUUGAUUUCAGUCCAGCGAUCUCACAUCGUACCCCGAGUGGCUCGUGUGUAUCCGUGUGUCUGUCCUCCCUCAGUGAUGCUGUGGCAAUUCCCACUAU